UGCCAAUACAUGGAAAAUAUUACCUGUACAAGUUUAGGACUUCCCUAUAGAUGGGUUUCCGAUGACGUCACACAUCUCCCAUAAUUCCCUUGGCCGCCAUAUUGUGUGUCAUUGUGACGGGUCAUUGAUUCUCAUUGUUUUGUUACACAUGUUUACCUCAAGCUAUGGUUCACACGUGUGUUGUUUGGGGCUGUACAAACCGUGCAGAUCCUGACACAACAAAGAGACAAUAUUUCAACAUUCCUAAAGUAAUCAACCACCAAGGAACAAAGACAGAAAGGCUUUCCACCGAGAGACGAAAUCUGUGGCUGGCGCGAAUAAAUAGAGAUGGCUUCAACCCAGAGAUGGCUUCAACCCAGAUCCAAACAAAAACCACUAUAAAGUGUGUUCUGACCAUUUCAUCACAGGAAGGAAAGCAGAUCUGUAUGACAGCACUAACCCGGACUGGGCGCCAUCUCAGAAAAUGGGACCAGAGCAACCCAUCAGCUGCGCAACUCCAGAUCCGCAGUCUUCCAAGAAAAGGUACCAACGCGUUAAGGAAAGACAGCAUAAGGUGAAAAGGUUUAAGGCUGCAGAGGCACUUUUAGAUUUACAAAAGACUAACACUAGCCCCGCUGUAAGUGAUUGUGUAAAUGAGGAGUCUGUUGACAUUCCUGAAAUCCCAGAGGAUCAACCAAGCCAACCAGGUAAUGAACCAACAGUCACAGUUGAAAUGAUGAGGUUUGAACUACAAAGACUGACAAGUGAAAACAUGGACUUGAAGGAGAAACUGAAAUGUACAAUAUUGUCUCCAGAGUCACUUGACGACGACAAGUCAAAAAACACUAUACUGGACUCGACUACGAUACCUUGAUGACCAUCUUCAAUUAUUUGGAAACCAGUAUACCCGGAAGGGCAAAUAGUGCAUUAACAAAGUUUGAGAAAGUAAUGUUGGUGCUGAUGAAACUUCGGUUAAAUCUAGGCUUGCAAGAUUUAGCAUACAGAUUCAAGAUUUCAAAAAGUUGUGUGUCAAAAGUGUUCCUGGACACUAUUCAUGUGAUGUACAUCAAAUUGAAGCGAGAGAUCCUGUGGCCUGAUAGAGAAGAGCUUCAAUUGUCAAUGCCUAUGGAGUUCCGCAAAUAUUUCGGUGUGAAAGUGUCAAUAAUUAUUGAUUGCUUUGAGGUUUUUAUUGAGCGACCUUCCAACUUACUUGCCAGAUCUGAGACAUGGUCCAAUUAUAAGCAUCACAACACCACAAAGUUUUUGAUUGGAA